AUGGGGUGUGUGGGUGUGAUAAAAAAGCAAACACACACACUUACACACCCACACCCACACCCACGCCCUAGGCGAAGAUCUUGGAAAACGGUGCACAAUCGUUACAAAUCAAUUCCAGCUCAAAAUUAUAUUGCUAGAUUUCGUAAUUAUAUCGCCCAUCAGGGCACAAAACGACAAAAGAUAAACAAUGUAGAUGAAUAUGUCUAUAAAAAGUUUUUGAAUGCUCGUGAGAAGUUUCUUCCAGUUCACGAUGUUGACCUUUGCCGUUGGGGUUUACAAGCUGCUAAAGAGUACAAAAUAGAUAAUUUUCGCGCAUCAUCUUUUUGGCUUUUAGGUUUUAAAACACGUCAUUCAAUAUGUUCACGUCGAAUUACUAAUAUCGUGACACGUCAUGAAGUUGAGAAUGCUGAAGUUGUACAAAAGUCUGAAAUACAGUUUUUGAAAGAAUAUAAUUCUCUAAAAUCGAAAUAUUUAUCUCAUGAAAUUCUCAAUACUGAUCAAGUAGGAGUUGAAAAAGAGUUAUAUUCAACUCGUUGUUUAUCUUUUCAAGCAGAGAAGAAGACAUACAUGUCGAUAAAGUCCAAACAUGCUACCACACAUUGUUAUACUCUGCAACCAACCAUCUCUUUAGAUGGAAAAGUUGUUGGUCCUAUUCUACUUUGUUUACAGGAAACUCAAGGAAAAAUGGAUGAACAAGUCAAACAUUGA